GCCGGCGGGGGAGGGAGCUUCCCGGGAGCGCUCGCCGUAGCGGCGGGGCGGGUGGGCGCUGCGGCCUGCGAAGAGGAGCCGGCGGAAAGGUGCGCCCACCGCGCGGCCCCGGGCCCGCGCGCGCCCUCGUCGGGGGCCACGCGAGGGGUCUGUGCGCGCCGAGCGGUGCCCGGGUGCCGCCGCAGGGCCGCGGUGGCGUCGGGGACGACCACAUCUGGGCGCAGCGUCUCUCGGGGCAGCCCGCACUCAGAUGGGGGUGGGUAGGUGGGGCCGCAGCCCCGUGGGGGCUCUCGGGUGUGUGCGACGCUUCAGCAGCCGGUCCCCCUCCUGCCCGAUCGCGGGCAGCGCGCGGCCUUCCUCCGCCCCCACUGUCCCUGUGACUGACCUGGGGGUCUUUUCCUCCCCGGGGGGGGGGGGGGGGGGGGACGGUGGCUAAGAUGGUUGAGAACCGCUGGUCUAAGGGAGCCACACGUAAUCUGGUCCCUGGGGCAUUAUGUCUAUGGCUGGGGGAAUUGAAAUGUGUUCCUGAGCGAGCUCUCAGUUAAUCUCUUAGGUUGAAAUCAUUUGGUUUGUAAAAGUAAUAAUAAUAAAACGUUUUUAUCAGUUUUAUGAAGACGUUAUUUUGCGAAGUGCUUUGUAUUGUACUCUGAAGGAGACCGUAUUCGGAACUCAUCCGGUCAGGGUCUGACUUGUUUGUGUCGAGUGCUGGACUGCGAGCUCUCUUUCGUGCGCCUAGGAGAUGGUUUCUCAAAAUUCAUUCAGUUGUGUCAUACAGGAAAAGGAAGCAAGAGUUUCAAUUUUAUUUUGUUUUUUGGUUUUUUGGUUUUUUUUUUUCCAGGUUAGAUCUGAUAGGGGACAUUUUAACUUGCUGCUCUUGGCCUAAUAGUGCUCCGUUUGAAUGUCCUUACUUAGUUGUCUAAACAAACAACCUUAAUGACAGAAACAGCUACAUUGACCCAGCUAUUGACAUGGUUGCCUAAAGGCAGGGCCCUGGCUGGCGCUUCCAAGACUUUAUGUGCAUUGAUUUGCUUCUUUCUUGUUAGAUGUCAAGCGAAGUUUCGGGUUGGAGUAAUCCGUUAAACAGGAGAUGAAAUCAGAAGCCAGGAUUCGAGGGUUCGGGGGAACCUUAUAAUCGAGUGUUCACAACUCUCCUUUCCCCUGUGUCAGUGUUCUCGGACUCAGGGCAGCUCCGGGUGGCACAUGGCCAAACCGAGAGCUACAGGAGCUGCUUCUGGCUGGCCGACUGUGUGGCCGACCUGUGUGUUUGAUACAGAUGGCCUUGUGCCCCCACUGGUCAUCGUGGUUCCUCUUUGUCCACCCGCGCAGGACGCUAAGGGAGAUGUGUGUUCAGGACCCCCACGGCCUGGCCCCUUGGCCCGGUCUAAGCACAGCACCCAGGGGUUGUGUGGUGAGCAGACACUCGGGCUCGCCGAGGCACCGGCUUCUCAGCUGGAAGGCGACCCUUAUUGGGGAGCAUGCCUGUCGGGCCUCUCCCGCGCCUCUGUGACCAGGCUCCUACCUCUGGCCUUCCGACUCACUCUUCCCCUGCCACAGCGGCCUUCUUGCUAGUCUCUUAGGAAAGUCAUCUGCUGUGUCCUCCGGUCUGCCCAGAACACUCACUUCCUCCCCCUCGUGCUCCGAGCGGCCCGGCCCUCCCUGACUGCCCUGCCUAGAAUUUCAACUCGCCACCUCCUGUUUCCUGUCUCCCUUCUUUCCUUAAUUUUUCUUCAGCGCUUAGGUAUUUUAAUGUCCUGUGUAACGGAUUUAUUGUGUCGGUGUUUUACUGCAAGAGCAGGUCCACAGGGAGGCUGUCCCGUGCAAAGAACUGUUGCUGGCACACAGUAUGUGCCCAGGAAAUACUUGUUGAAUGAAUGAUAGUGACGAGCUUAGCAGUUCUGUGCAGCACACCGUCUAUUGCUUGGAAGUCGUUGUGGGUUAGCACUGAGCACAUAGAGGUUCUGGGUUCUGAGGGAAUGCUGGCGAGCCACCUGCCCUUUGGGAGAGGACAGCCAGUCGGUACUGGAGAACCUUUUCUGCAACUUCUAGCUUAAGUUAUUUCAAAAUGGGAAGUAUUUAAAGUCAGAAGAUCUGUAACUGAUAAUAAUGCCUCCAGAAAUUCUGUCUUUGGUUACUCCCCCUCCCCACCCCCCCAAGCCCCGCACAUGCUGGUCUUAAUACUUGGUGACAUCUGUUAGUUAAUUGGGCUGAGAGGUAGUAAUUGUUCCGAGAGCUACUUGAAGUGAGCUGUUCCUGAAGGCCUAAGCCCGGGUCUCGUCUCGUUGUGUGACUGAGAGGAGCAGGCGGAGUCCUGCUUUGUGCUUAAAUGGCUCUGGAGCCCUUCACCUCAGGCCCCUGUUAACUCAGAGUAAGUGCAUUUUUGUGUGUUUCUGAGGAUGGUACUCUUAAUUAAGGUGGUCGUGUCUUGGCCACUUUGUCCUCGAGUCCUCCUGCAGAGGUGGCCCUGUGUGCAGUUGUGAGCUACCCUGCAGUCCUUACUUGUUCCCAGAACUUGAUUUAGGCCUUUUGUCCCAGUUGCUGCAAUGACCACCUACCUGACGCCACCACGCAGAAUCCCCUAACAGGCUACUGGACGGUGCCUGCUUAGAGCCUGAGUAUGAGGUGCACAUGCUGGUCCUGGGGGGUAGUGGGUGCUCACUAGGUGUUGAGUAAAUGACGGAAUUGCAGGGGAGCUAGGCAGUUGUGAUGAGGUGGAGUUUUAUCUAGGAUGGGAGUUUGCUUCCAGCGUCAGAGAACAAAAUGAGUGUGGGACACCCAGCAGAAUCACCCUUGAACAUUCCUUCGCUCUCCUAUGAAGUACUCUGGGCGGGGUUUGGAGUAUACAGUGCUGUCAGCAAACAGCGUCCCGUUUUCCAGUAAAGAGACAGACCCCUGUGUCUUCUGGGGACUGGUAUCCAGCUUGGUGACCAGUCCUUUGCACAAGUGGAGAGGAGGCUCUUAGCUCUAGUGGUGCCCUCGUGAGUGUCUAGAUGCUCUGAAUAGCGGUUGAAACUGCGGUAACCCUAAAACGAGGCUUACUCUUACACUCUGAUUGGUUAGUUAGAUCUGAGCAUUCUCGGGCUGCAGACACCCCUCCUGCGGGUCAGCAGAACCCGUGCUAGACUUUUCCUUCCUGAAAAGGACAAGACCGGGCUCGCGUGAUUAGGGGCCUCCCUAAAAUGGGGGUAAUGGUACCUGCCCUGCCUGCCUGUUUGGGGAGUACGCGGGAUGAUAAGUGGAAGGUGUCUCAUCAACUGCUUCCUAAAUAGAAGUGACCAAGGUGCUGAAAGAUGCUCACAGUCCUGUUUUAUGAAAACGCUAACCCUAAUUUCAGAGAGGGCAGCGCUGUGCCUUUACCAUCCUGACACCAGGGCCAGCCCUCAAAUAAUGACAUCCCCUGAAGAAGAUUAGCAGCGAGUCCGUCAUCGGUAGCUUGGGAAGAUUUAAGGAUUAGAUCGGCAAACGGCCUUUGGUUCGCACUCUGUCGUUGCUUGGUGUUUGCGCUAGUUUUGUUGAAUGCCUUGUACGCUUGCCAGCGAGCGUCCUUAGAGCUGAGACCGCAGAGAUGGGGUCCAGCACCUCACUCUCUAAAGAGAGAAGUGUCUGAUGGCACCAGGUGUGGGAUGUCCCUGAAAAUGCCAUCUUAAUCAGUGUUCUUUUUAAGGACUGAUCCGUAUAUACUAAAAGUUCACUUCGUUCGAAAACUAUUCUGCGUUGUUCAUGUAUCUUACAUAAAUGGUUUUAUUAUUUUUUAUUUCAAACGUUUAUUUAUUUUUGAGAGAGAGAGUGAGAGUGUGCUCGAGCAUGGGGGUGCCGAGAGAGAGGGAGACACAGUCCCAAGCAGGCUCCGUGAGGUGGGGCUGAAACUCUUGAAGCGGGGCUCGAACCCAUGAGCUGUGAGACCAUGACCUGAGCCGAAACCGAGAGUCAGAAGCUCAACGGACUGAGCCAUCCAGAUUAGCCUACCAUGGCAGACCAGAGACAGCGCUCACUCUCUACCUCUGGGGAAUCACUCUACCAUGUUCUGGGGCUGGACAAGAAUGCAACCUCAGAUGACAUUAAAAAGUCCUAUCGAAAACUUGCCUUGAAAUACCACCCUGACAAGAACCCCGAUAACCCGGAGGCGGCAGACAAGUUCAAGGAGAUCAACAACGCCCACGCCAUCCUGACGGACGCCACAAAAAGAAACAUCUACGACAAGUACGGGUCGCUGGGGCUCUACGUGGCCGAGCAGUUUGGAGAGGAGAACGUGAACACCUACUUUGUGCUCUCCAGCUGGUGGGCCAAGGCGCUGUUUGUCGUGUGCGGCCUCCUCACCUGCUGCUACUGCUGCUGCUGCCUCUGCUGCUGCUUCAACUGCUGCUGCGGGAGGUGCAAGCCCAGGGCGCCCGCGGGCGAGGACGCCGGCUUCUACGUGUCCCCCGAGGACCUGGAGGCACAGCUGCAGUCGGACGAGCGGGAGGCCGCAGACACGCCGAUUGUCAUCCAGCCAGCGUCCGCCACAGAGACCACCCAGCUCACGGCCGACUCCCACCCCAGCUACCACACCGACGGGUUCAACUAAGUUCCGGAGCCGCUGUGAUAGAGGAUAGCCCAGCACCCGGCCACUUCACCCUUAGAAUCAUGAACUGUAGCCGCAGAGAUGGGGAGGGGGCUGCCCUGGCCACGGAGGAGGAGCAGCCGCCAGCCCGCCGGGGCCCUUCCCACCUCUGUGCCCGCCCGCCCGCCCGUCGCCCCCCAACACGUGAAGUGCGUCGCAUGCAGUAUUUAAAGCAGUGUAGCUACGGUCCUCUUCUGUUCUCUCCUUUUUUAAUAGCAUGUCUGGGGCCA